UGUAUUUCAUCCAUGCGCUAUCCGGGAGAAGGCUGGCGCUUGUUUAACAGACAACAAUGUUUGAACCAUUACUGACAGGCCACAACAUCACAGCAGUGCUGGUUGGUGUUCUGACGUUUCUUUUAUUCGUCAUAUUCCGAGUCCGUAAACCAGCGGGCUACCCCCCGGGUCCGCCGGGAUGGCCCGUGCUCGGCAACCUCCCCAGUCUGGCCCGGAACGCCCACCUGCAGCUGACGGCCUGGCGUGGGACGUACGGGGACGUCUUCAGUGUGAAGAUGGGUCUACAGGACGCCGUGGUGGUCAGCGGGAUGGACGCUAUCAGGGAGGCCCUGGUCAGGAAGGCCGAGCACUUCUCCAGCAGACCAGACCUGUUCCUGAUGCGCCGUAAUAACCAUCGGAAUGGUAACUAA